UUCCAAAUUAUUGAAAACAAAUUAAUCGUUGAUGAAGAGUAAAGUUCGUGUUUUGUUUAUUUUAUUUAGAGAAUAAUCUCUACAUUAAUAUUUUGAAGACUUCGUUUAAGUUUGUCAUUGUUAAUUCAUUGAUUGUAAGUACACAUUGUAUACGCCAUGAUAUGAAAUAUCAAAUAGAUGUACCUAUGCAAUUGAUUCUUACGACAAGUGUGUUGGAAUUUAUACUAUUAAACGACAUAUUUCUUAGUAGCUGGGACCAUGAAUACGUACCACAGACGUGGAUUGGCCAAGGUAAUAGCUGAAAAGGCGUUACUCAGCCAGUCCUUGAAGAACUUAAACAAAGCUGCCUGGUACUCUGUGGACAAAUCCCAAUUGGACAAUGACGUGUCUUUAAGUUUCGUGCAGAUGCACGCAGACGCAGAUACCGAACGGUUCCUGGACGAUUCGAUUGAGCAGAGCGACAGACUAUUUAUGCAAGUGUGGAAAUCGCUGGCGUCAACUGUACUGAAUAUGUUCAUGACGAAGACUUCGAUCAACGGGUUGCUACGGAGAGGAUCCAUGUUCGUGUUUUCCACCGACCAGAUCAGACGACUGCUGAACUUGACAUUUUUUGAUAGCGGCUCGACGCUAAUUGACUUGGGUGCCGGUGACGGGGCCACUACCGAAAAAUACACGCCCUUAAUCCGCGAGGUCUACACAACCGAAAAGUCCGGCCCUAUGAUCCGGAUCUUGACCGAAAAAGGAUUCAGAUUGUUGGACGUCGACACGUGGUGGACUCGUGAAGAGAAAUUCGAUGUAGUGUCAUGUUUGAACUUGUUGGACCGGUGUAGCAAUCCGGCAAAGCUCUUGCAAGAAAUGAAAAACGCAGUAAAACCCAAUGGCAGGAUCAUCGUAGCGCUGGUAUUGCCGUAUAAACCUUUCGACGAAUUCAGAUCCGCGAUACCGGAACAAAAGUUACCGAUCACCGGCGUAACGUUCGAGGAACAGGUGUGUUCAGCAGUGCACGACGUGUUCGAACCGUCCGGACUGGAAGUGCUGCGCUGGACUAAACUUCCGUAUUUAUGCGAAGGCGACCUGAGCCAGGACUAUUAUUGGCUGUACGAUGCCGUCUUCGUAAUGUCCGCAAAAACGCCGCCGCAAGUCAUUGAGGAUUCAUAGCACUUGCAAAUCGAUGUGCAAGGCGAUUCUCUAGUUGUCUGCACUAUGUUAUUAUUAUAUUAUAGUUGUUUUCUGGUGAAUUUAUGUAUAAUUGAAAAUAUUUUUUUUAUUUUUUUAAGCAAGUAACCUGAAGUAAAUACAACAAUCAUUAUUGUUUUAGUUUUUUUCUAUUUUCUAAAACAACAAUA